AUCUAGAUUUAAAUAUAAUAUCUAUAUAUUAUUGAAGUUGAAAAGUUAAAAAAAAAAGAACUAGUCUUAUUCUACCUCAGUGUUCAAGUUAGAAACGAUUAUAUUCCUCGUGUCCUAGUAUUAAGUUAAAUCCUGGUUGUUGAGUAAAACUAAAUAAUAUAAAAUAGCUUUAAAAUGAAAUCCACACAAUCACACUCAUCUUCAAAUAAAUGUUUGCAAAAUGUGGACUAUAUACGCGGUGCUACAUCGUUAGGUGAACGGAAUCGAAGUCUCGAAAGUCUUUUUCAUGCUGCUGCUCAAAGAAAUGUUUACCAAGGUGUUAUAUUACGACGAGGAAUUGUCGCUAAACCUUCAACGGUAACAGAAAAUAAUGUUCCAGAUACCCCACUUUCAUCGCCGUUAUCAAAUUCAGAGUAUGAUAUUUCAUCUCAAAUAAGACGGAAAUCAAGAUCAGAAACGCAUCUUAAUUUUUACCCGGAAGAUUCUGGUGGGACCUCCGCCGAUGGACCGAGCGGUGAACGCAAUAAUGUGACUGUAAAUGACACAAAUUUUAAGGAUUUUAAUGAAAAGACUGAGGACAUCUUAGCAAAAGCUUUAAAAAUUGCUCUGGAAAAACAGGAAGCAUACAGAAAAACUGAAUUAGAUCAUAAUUCCGAAAGCGGGACAGAAGAUUACCGGGAGUACACAUCCCGUGAAGGAUCACCGGGUAACAGUAUGAUGAUGUCAACCCCACCUCCAGGCGUACAGACUGAUUCUGAUGGUCUGAUACUGCCGAAGAAAAUAAUGAAUCCUUGUUUAGAAUCAUCGGAUAGAAAGAAUCUCCAUAGAGAACUCAUGUUUAAUAAUAAAGUUGGUAAAAGUGUCCUCAACCAAAAAUCCGAACUACAAAGAGUUCUAGAAAAAAAACGUGAACGUCAAAUCCUGCUUCAACAACAACAACAAGAGGCGGCGAAAAUCGAAUCCGGACUCAAAGGUGAACUUAAUCGUGUCAUCUUAGAGCGAGCUCAAAAGCUUGAAAAACAAAGUAUUUCUUCAAGCUCAGACACUGAAGAUCACGUCAAUCCCGAAUACUUAAAUGCUCGAGCAAAAUUACGCAAUCGAAUCGAGAUGAAAUAAAAAAAAAAUGAAGAAGUGCAACUUUUAAUAAAAAUCCGAUUAAGUGUAUUUUUUACCUGCUGAUAAUGAUGAUAUUUCGUUUAAAUUCAAAAUUUUAUAACUUUCUAAAUUGUUUGAUUCUCCAUCAAAAAAUGUUGAUUUAUGAUUUUAUUUGUUAAGUAUUGUUUGGUUUUAAAUUUUUUUAAUUUUUGUAAAUUAACCUAAAAUAUUAUGACACGUUAUUUUUGUCGUGAUUCUACUUAUUUUGUACAUAAAUUGUUUUUUAUUUUAAUUUUUUUAUUUAAUAAAAAAAAAAAUAACUCUGCUUAUAUGCCAAAUUAACCUCGAAAAAUCGAAAAAUAUUUGUUUAUUUAAGUUUUAGUUUGUUAAUUUAAUAAAUAAGUGUAAUUUUUAAACAAUUGAUUUAAUUCUCCCUAUUAUUAUAAUAAAGCUAAUGUAAUUUAAGUUUCUAUUUAAAAAAUAAGAAAUAAAUCGAAAUUUUGUUUUGUUUUUAGUUACUUGUAACAAUAAUGCUUUAAAUAUAAUUAUAAGUUAAUGAAAA